UUCAGACUAAUUCUACUUGCUCUUCUGGUGAAGGAAGUUUACUUUUACUUCCAAAAGAUGUCUACUCUACUGGAAAAUAUCAUUGCCAUCAUCAAUCUAUUCCAUGACUAUUCAACAACAGACAAGGAAACUGACACACUGAGCAGAAAAGAACUGAAGGAGCUCCUGGAAAUGGAGUUUCGGCCAAUCCUGAAGAAUCCAGAUGACCCAGACACUGCUGACAUCUUCAUGCAUAUUCUUGAUUUAGACCAUGACAAGAAAAUAGACUUCUCAGAGUUUUUUCUGAUGGUAUUCAAACUGGCUCAAGCAUACUAUGAUAUGACCAGAGGACAGAACUUCCAAGCAUCAGAGCAAAACCAAAAAAAGUAUGCAUACCACACACAAGAUGAAGAAAAUGACAUAAGGGAAGAUGAAGUAGAAGAAGAGAAAGAAGAAGGAAUUAGAAAAUCCAGUCAAUCAGGAAAAAGUCAUAGAAAGGGGAAGAAAACAAUAGCCAAUAACCCAAAAGGAAGACAAGGAAAGGGACAUGAACAGACACUAGACAGCUCAAGACAUGCACGAUCCCAUAAGGGUGAGACAGCUGACAGUGGACACUCUGAGUCGGGGUCUCCCCAUCACCAAUCAUCCAAUCAGGCACACAGGUCUAGACAAUCACACUCUGAGCAUGGAAAAUCAUCAUCUGAAAUCAGGCCAGUGAAAAACCCAGGGUCCAGGAUUAGUCAGGACAGUGAUAAUGAAGGACACUCAGAAGAUUUGGAAAGACAGUUUGGAUCUGGCUCAGGAAACCAACAAGGAUCUGCCCAUGGCCAUGGUGGAGAUAGAUCUAGAAACUCUGAGUCUCAUCAGUGGCAGAGCGACAACCACAGACAGCCUAAGUCUACCCAUAGACGGUCAGGCUCUCAUACCAGAAGAAGACAAGGAUCUACUCAUGGACACUCUACACACACCUCGAAAAAAUCAAGGUCUCCUGAUGAAGACACAUCCUCUCAAGGACACUGUAACUCCUUCCAUAGGCAGUCAAAACCAAGAACAACAGGAAGACAAGAAUCCCAGCAUGAGCAGUCAGCAGACAUAUCCAAAUACUCAGGUAAUGAAUAUGGACAAUAUUCCUCCAGAUUUAAGGCAAGCAGGUAUCAGGAAUCCAGUUUAAGUCAGGACAGUGACACUGAAGGACAUUCAGAAGAUUCGGGUAGAGAAUCCUCCAUGACCCACAAAAGAACUGAGUCCACAUUAAAGAAUAAACAUUGGUCUAACCAUAGCAGGUCACCUGACAGGUCCAGGCAAACAGGCUCCCAUCAAGGGCAGAGGAAUAUACACAGGGAGCCUAACUCUAUCCACCAAGAUUCAGGACCGACCACCAGAGAAAGACAAGGGUGCCAUCCAGAGCAGUCACAGGAUAGCUCCAGACACUGGGAAACUGGACAUGGACAAAUCUCUUCCGGAUCUGAUAACACCAGACACCAGGAAUCCAGUAUCAGUCAGGCCAGUGACAGUGAAGGACAAUCAGAAGACUCAGAUAUUCAGUCAGGGUCAGUCCAGGAAUGGUCCAGGUCCAGUCAAGGGGGAAAAUACGGCAGUGUGCAUGGCAGUCCUGACCACUCAGGGUCUUACUUCUACCCGAUGCCCUCCCAAGAACAGUUUGACUCUGCCCACGGACAGCCUCAACCCAGUACCAGGGGGAGACAAGGAUCCCGCCAUGAGCAGGCACGUGACAGCUCUAGACAUGCAGGAUCCCAUGAGGGUCAGGCAGCUGAUGGUGGGCACUCUCAGUCAGGAUCCCACCACCAGCAACCAUCCACUUGGACACAUGGCUCUAGGCAAUCACAGUCUGGGCAUGGACAAUCGUCAUCUGAAUUCAGGUCACUGAGACACCGAGAGUCCAGCAUCAGUCAGGACAGUGACAGCGAAGGGCACACUGAAGAUUCGCAGAGUCAGUUUGGAUAUGGCUCAGAAACCCGACAUGGCCAUGUACAAGACAGCUCUAGACGCUCUGAGUCUCAUCAAGGGCAGAGAAACAAUCAUGGGCAGUCUGAGUCUGGCCAUGGACACUCAGACACUGGUAGUAGGAGACAAGGAUCUAGUUAUGGACACUCUAUAGAUACCUCUAGACAGUCAGGGUCUCAUGGUGGAGAGCCAUCCUCUCGGGGACACAGUGACUCCUACCAUGGACAGUCAACAUCACGCAAAAGAGGAAGACCAGAAUCACAGCAUGAGCAGUCUGUAGACAGGUCCAGACAUUCAGGCACUGAACAUGGACAGCUAUACUCUGGAUCCAGCGGCAGCAGACAUCAGGGACCCAGCAUGAGUCUGGCCAGCAGCAGCGAAGGACAUUCAGAAGAUUCAGGUACAGAAUUCGCAAUGACCUAUGAAAAUUCUGGGUCCAGCUCCAGAAACCAACGUGGGUCUACCCAUGGGCAGUCAGCUAACAGAUCCAGACAGUCAGAUUCGUAUCAAGGGCAGACAGGCACCCAUAGGCAGUCUGACUCAACCCACCGAGACUCAGGAUCCACCACCAGGGAAAGGCAAGGGCACCCCCAAGACCAAUCAGAACACAUACCAAGACACUCAGGGAGCCAUCAAGAGAAGACAGCCAUCCAUGGGCAGUCAGACUUUGCUCAUCGAGACUCAGAGUCCACCACCAGGGAAAGACAGGGGCGCCCCCGUGAGCACUCAGAGGACACAUCCAGACACCCAGGGUCCCAUCAGGGACAAACAGCCAUCCACAGGCAGUCUGACUCUGCCCACAGAGACUCAAGAUCCAUUACCAGGGAAAGACAAGGGCGCCCCCGUGAGCAGUCUGGCGACAUAGCCAGACACUCAGGGACCCAUCAAGGACAGACAGCCAUCCACAGGCAGUCUGACUCUGUCCACAGAGACUCAGGAUCCAUCACCAGGGAAAGACAAGGACGCCACCAUGAGCAGUCAGGAGACAUAGCCAGACACUCAGGGACCCAUCAAGGACAGACAGCCAUCCACAGGCAGUCUGACUCUGCCCACGGAGAUUCAGGAUCCAUUACCAGGGAAAGACAAGGGCGCCCCCGUGAGCACUCAGGGGACAUAGCCAGACACCCAGGGUCCCAUUCAGGACAGACAGCCAUCCACAGGCAGUCUGACUCUGCCCACAGAGAUUCAGGAUCCAUUACCAGGGAAAGAAAAGAGCACCCCCGUGAGCACUCAGGGGACAUAGCCAGACACCCAGGGUCCCAUUCAGGACAGACAGCCAUCCACAGGCAGUCUGACUCUGCCCACAGAGACUCAGGAUCCAUCACAAGGGAAAGACAAGGACACCACCAUGAGCAGUCAGGGGACAUAGCCAGACACUCAGGGACCCAUCAAGGGCAGACAGCCAUCCACAGGCAGUCUGACUCUGUCCACAGAGACUCAGGAUCCAUCACAAUGGAAAGACAAGGACACCACCAUGAGCAGUCAGGGGACAUAGCCAGACACUCAGGAACCCAUCAAGGACAGACAGCCAUCCACAGGCAGUCUGACUCUGCCCACAGAGACUCAGGAUCCAUCACCAGGGAAAGACAAGGACGCCACCAUGAGCAGUCAGGAGACAUAGCCAGACACCCAGGGUCCCAUUCAGGACAGACAGCCAUCCACAGGCAGUCUGACUCUGCCCACAGAGACUCAGGAUCCAUCACAAGGGAAAGACAAGGACACCACCAUGAGCAGUCAGGGGACAUAGCCAGACACUCAGGAACCCAUCAAGGACAGACAGCCAUCCACAGGCAGUCUGACUCUGCCCACAGAGACUCAGGAUCCAUCACAAGGGAAAGACAAGGACGCCACCAUGAGCAGUCAGGGGACAUAGCCAGACACUCAGGGACCCAUCAAGGGCAGACAGCCAUCCACAGGCAGUCUGAUUCUGCCCACAGAGACUCAGGAUCCAUCACAAGGGAAAGACAAGGACACCACCAUGAGCAGUCAGGGGACAUAGCCAGACACUCAGGAACCCAUCAAGGACAGACACCCAUCCACAGGCAGUCUGACUCUGCCCACAGAGACUCAGGAUCCAUCACAAGGGAAAGACAAGGACACCACCAUGAGCAGUCAGGAGACAUAGCCAGACACUCAGGGACCCAUCAAGGACAGACAGCCAUCCACAGGCAGUCUGACUCUGCCCACAGAGACUCAGGAUCCAUUACCAGGGAAAGACAAGGACGCCCCCAUGAGCAGUCAGGGGACAUAGCCAGACACUCAGGGACCCAUCAAGGACAGACAGCCAUCCACAGGCAGUCUGACUCUGUCCACAGAGACUCAGGAUCCAUCACCAGGGAAAGACAAGGACGCCACCAUGAGCAGUCAGGGGACAUAGCCAGACACUCAGGGACCCAUCAAGGACAGACAGCCAUCCAAAGGCAGUCUGACUCUGUCCACAGAGACUCAGGAUCCAUCACCAGGGAAAGACAAGGACACCACCAUGAGCAGUCAGGGGACAUAGCCAGACACUCAGGGACCCAUCAAGGGCAGACAGCCAUCCAAAGGCAGUCUGACUCUGUCCACAGAGACUCAGGAUCCAUCACCAGGGAAAGACAAGGACGCCACCAUGAGCAGUCAGGAGACAUAGCCAGACACUCAGAGACCCAUCAAGGACAGACAGCCAUCCACAGGCAGUCUGACUCUGCCCACAGAGACUCAGGAUCCAUUACCAGGGAAAGACAAGGGCGCCCCCGUGAGCACUCAGGGGACAUAGCCAGAUACCCAGGGUCCCAUUCAGGACAGACAGCCAUCCACAGGCAGUCUGACUCUGCCCACAGAGACUCAGGAUCCAUCACCAGGGAAAGACAAGGACACCACCAUGAGCAGUCAGGGGACAUAGCCAGACACUCAGGGACCCAUCAAGGACAGACAGCCAUCCACAGGCAGUCUGACUCUGCCCACAGAGACUCAGGAUCCAUUACCAGGGAAAGACAAGGACGCCCCCAUGAGCAGUCAGGGGACAUAGCCAGACACUCAGGGACCCAUCAAGGACAGACAGCCAUCCACAGGCAGUCUGACUCUGUCCACAGAGACUCAGGAUCCAUCACCAGGGAAAGACAAGGACGCCACCAUGAGCAGUCAGGGGACAUAGCCAGACACUCAGGGACCCAUCAAGGACAGACAGCCAUCCACAGGCAUUCUGAAUCUGCCCACAGAGACUCAGGAUCCAUUACCAGGGAAAGACAAGGGCGCCUCCAUGAGCACUCAGGAGACAUAGCCAGACACUCAGGGACCCAUCAAGGACAGACAGCCAUCCACAGGCAGUCUGACUCUGCCCACAGAGACUCAGGAUCCAUCACCAGGGAAAGACAAGGACGCCACCAUGAGCAGUCAGGGGACAUAGCCAGACACUCAGGGUCCCAUCAAGGGCCGACAGCCAUCCACAGGCACUCUGACUCUGCCCACAGAGACUCAGGAUCCAUCACGAGGGAAAGACAAGGGCGCCCCCGUGAGCAGUCAGGAGACAUAGUCAGACACUCAGGGACCCAUCAAGGACAGACAGCCAUCCAAGGGCAGUCUGACUCUGCCCACAGAGACUCAGGAUCCAUCACGAGGGAAAGACAAGGGCACCACCAUGAGCAGUCAGGAGACAUAUCCAGACACUCAGGGUCCCAUCGAGGGCCGACAGCCAUCCAAGGGCAGCCUGACUCUGCCCACAGAGACUCAGGAUCCAUCACCAGGGAAAGACAAGGGCACCCCCAGGAGCAGUCAUGGGAGAGCUCCAGACACUGGGAAACUGGACAUGGACAAAUCUCUUCCAGAUCUGGUAAUACCAGACACCAGGGAUCCAGUAUCAGUCAGGCCAGUGACAGUGAAGGACUAUCAGAAGACUCAGAUAUUCAGUCAGGGUCAGUCCAGGAAUGGUCCAGGUCCAGUCAAGUGGGAAAAUACAGCAGUGUGCAUGGCAGUCCUGACCACUCAGGGUCUUACUUCUACCCGAUGCCCUCCCAAGAACAGUUUGACUCUGCCCACGGACAGCCUCAACCCAGUACCAGGGGGAGACAAGGAUCCCGCCAUGAGCAGGCACGUGACAGCUCUAGACAUGCAGGAUCCCAUGAGGGUCAGGCAGCUGAUGGUGGGCACUCUCAGUCAGGAUCCCACCACCAGCAACCACCCACUUGGACACAUGGCUCUAGGCAAUCACAGUCUGGGCAUGGACAAUCGUCAUCUGAAUUCAGGUCACUGAGACACCGAGAGUCCAGCGUCAGUCAGGACAGUGACAGUGAAGGGCACACUGAAGAUUCACAGAGUCAGUUUGGAUCUGGCUCAGGAACCGGACAUGGCCAUGUACAAGACAGCUCUAGACGCUCUGAGUCUCAUGAAGGGCAGAGAAACAAUCAUGGGCAGUCUGAGUCUGGCCAUGGACACUCAGACACUGGUAGUAGAAGGAGACAAGGAUCUAGUCAUGGACACUCUGUCAAUAACUCCAGACAAUCAGUGUCUCUUCAGGGACAGAGUGAAAAUCAUGGGCAAGCUGCAUCAGGAUCUGGAGAGUCUCAGCGUGAUAGUGGAAUUCUUGUUUCCAGCCGUAUGGAAUCCAGAGACAUAGUUGAGUUUGGAGAUGAAUUUAUGUCAUCCAAUAUAACAGUUAGUAAUAUUAACCCAGAAAUAUCAGUUCAUUCAAUGGGUAAUUCAAAGAAGUUGGGAUUUAUUCAGUCACAAAAUUAUUAUAUUUUGAGUGAGAAACCAAUAGAAAAAUUAUUAAAAGGGUAGGAACCUGAGCUAAGACAUAAUUUUGGAUCAAGAAACUUCACAUUAUACCUGCAAAGAGUUUUCUUACCAUUUUACUUUAAAUGGGUUACAGUAUUUCUUUCCUCUGGUGAUAGUUUCAUUUCUUCUUUGAGUAUGUUUAAACCUUUGGUUAGGAAAUUGUCAGUGGGCAAAAUCAAUGUCACUUAGAACUAAAUUUAGAAUACUCAAUAUUUUGGGUAGUUGUAGUUCAAAUAAGGACUGUCUUUUUAGAUGUUAAAUUUAGGAUCUUUGUAGAUUUUCACAUUUUUCUUUGCCAAAAAUCACGGUUCUGGAAGCCAAACCAAAUAUGUUAAUAUCAGAGCUCAGUGCAUCUUCUUCUACUAUCCUUCUAAUGGAGUUCUAAGUUAAUCUGGAUUUAUUAAAAUCAAAAAACUGAAAUACAUAAAUAUUCAAAAUAAACAGUUGAGCAUGU